GUGUGGUAACGACCCAACAAUCAGAGCGCUGAGGAUUGAGCCACCAUUGUUGUUGUAAGCCACAGGAACAGUGCACACAUAGUUUCUUUUGAAUUCUAUUCAGUUUUUGGAUUUGAUCAUCCAUAGCGAAGAUGAACUACUGGAAAGCUAAGGUUCUCCCAAAGAUCAAGAAGGUUUUCGAGAAGAACGGCACCAAGAAGGCUGCUGCAGCUGAGGCUUGCAAGGCCUUCGAUGACUCUAAGGAGCAGUAUGGGAAGGAGUUUGAAGACAAGAAGGCUGAACUUCAACCCAAAGUUGUCCAAGUCUAUGAAGCUUGCUCCGCUGAGAUAAAGGGUUUGGUAAAAGAGCCAAAGGACUCAGGGCUGAAGAAGCACUCAGCUGAUGUUCAGAAGCUCCUGGAUGAGCUUGUCAAGAUCGAUUUUCCGGGAUCAAAGGCGGUGAGCGAGGCAUGUACGAAGUUGGGGCCGGCGUACGUGUCGGGACCGGUUUUAUUCAUAUUUGAGAAAGUGUCCGUGCUGAUCCCGGUGGAGGAGAAGAAGGAGGAGGAGGCGGCGCCGGCGCCGGCGGAGGCGGAGGCUAAGGAAGAAACAAGCAAAGAAGUUGAGGUGAAAGCGGAAGAGAUAGCAGCGGCCGCUGAGGAAGAACCAAAGGCGGCUGAAGCUCCACCGGCGGCUGAGUGUGCUCCGGCUACAGAAACAACCGCCGCCGCCGCCGAACCACCGAAGGCGGAAGAGAAAGCAGAACCCGCCGCCGAGCCACCCAAGGCUUGAUCGUUGCAACAGGUGAAUAUAGUCAUCAAACUGUUAAUUUGCUCCGAAAAGGGACUUUUGUGCAAAAAAAAAAAAAAAAUUCAAUUUGUGUUGUGAGAAGACAAAACAUUGUACUUUGUUAAUUAUUAUUCUUUAUAUUUAUUCGUGAUUAUAUAUAUGUAUAAUAUAAAUUCUAUUUCUCCUUUUUUACUUCUAUUCAAUUCUUCCCUUGUGUACUA